AUGCCAGUGACUAGAUCAGUAGGUCGCCAGGCCGCUUCGGCAGUCGCGACUGGUACGCCGGCUACGACGACCGACACUACCAGCGCAACGGGGACAACGACGGAGGCCACGCAGACGUCCGUGACUGAAAUCACGGAAGGAUCAUCGCAGCCGACCGUCGCCGGUGUCGCCGUGGAGGAGCAGCAAGCCGCCACAGCGAAGCCCCCGCAACCGCCGACCGGAAGCAAGCCAGCUUCCACAACGAAGCGAUCUUCCAAAGCUCAUCGUGUCGCCCAAGCCAAGACUGAACUCGCCCGGCUGAGAUUGGAGCUCGCCGCCGCAAAGCUGGCUGAAAUUGAAGCCGCCGACAGCGACGAAGACGACGUCGACUCUGUCAUCAGCGUUGCGGAGGCCGAGCAAUCUCGGCGUGUCGACAGUUGGCUUAGAGAGAGCCAACACCAACUGCCGCCUGAAGAGAACGUGCCAGCGACCGCAGCCGUGUCCUGGCGCGCCUCGGCGCCUGCACCGGCGGGAGUCACUGCCGCACACCCGCCGUCUCAGCGCCCCGGAGCUACGCAGCCGUUGCCGGCGACCGCCGCCGUGUCCCGGCAACCCGCCACCGCUGCGCCAGCCUUCGUGCCAGCGACCGCCGCCGCGUCCUGGCAGCCAGCCGCCGCUGCGCAAGCCUUCGAGCCAGUGACCGCCGCCGCGCCCUGGCAACAGUUGCAGCCAACGAUCGCUGCCGCACCGUGGCAGCCUCGCAACUACUUCGCACAGCCGCCGCCAGUGAUCGCCGCCUGGCACAACAGCAAGGAGGUGUCGCCACAGUUUCCUGCCAACACCGACAUCUCGAAACCGAACGUGAGUUGCGUGAAGGAGCCCGCUGUCAACUCAGCGAGCACUCAACAAGGAGCAGUGAAAACGGAGCUGCAGGAGUUAGCUUCGGCGAUUACGCAGGCAGUGCAGGCCGCAAAUUAUAAGCAACCACUGAGGUAUGUCGAGUUACCCAUAUUUAAUGGUGCACAUCAAGAGUGGUUAACCUUUCGUGCCGCGUAUUGUGAGACGUCCCAUCACUUCACGGAGGUCGAGAAUAUGUCCCGACUACGCCGCAGCCUCCGUGGGAUAGCGAAGGACGCAGUGCAAGGCCUAUUGAUCACGAACGCAGACCCGGCCGGGGUCAUGAAGACACUAGAGACUCGCUUCGGUCGACCCGAGUCCAUUGCCAUGGCGGAGAUGGACAGAUUGCGCGCGCUGCCGAGACUCACCGAGUCACCGCGCGACUUAUGCACCUUCGCCACUAGAAUACAGAAUAUCGUCGGGACUUUACAAGCGCUCAAUUGCACCUUUUAUAUGUACAAUCCAGAGUUGACUAAAGGUUUAACAGAAAAACUCACGCCUACGCUCAAGAGGCAAUGGUACGAGUACGCCGCAUCGCAACUAGCCGGACUACCGGACCUCGUGAAGUUCAACAACUUCGUGAUGCGGGAGGCCGAAUUCUGCAGUCCGUUCGCCGCCGCCGAGACGAUCGUCGACCGCACUCCGAGCAAGAACAGUGACGGAAUGCAACGACGACAACAGCGGGUACACGCCGCUACCGAAAGAACGGACGAAGCAAUGUGCAGUCUGUGUGCGCGACAGGGCCACACAAUCGCCGACUGCACGAGAUUCGCCAACGCCGACGUCAACACUAGAUGGGAUGAAGCAAAGAAGCGCAACCUGUGCUUCCGAUGCCUGAGACGUCGGAACAAGCAGCACAGGUGCAAAUCGAAGCAAUGUGAUAUCGACGGGUGCGAGCGCUAUCAUCAUCGCAUGCUUCACUCGACACACAAGCCUGUCGAGUCGAAAAGUGAAAAGCAGCACAACAACGAGCAAGUCAACUCCGCGUGGGUGCCGCGAGUGUCCUUCCUCAAAAUAGCUCCCGUACGCAUCUUCGGCCCGAGAAAAGCAGUCGACACCUUUGCGCUCCUCGACGACGGAUCCACAGUCUCCCUGGUAGACGACGACCUCGCGAAGAGCAUCGGGAUCGACGGACCGGAGGAGCCGCUGCACAUAUGCACGUACGACGGGACGACCAGGAACAACGCCGGAUCACGCCGAGUGUCGUUCAAAAUCAGAGGACAAGGUGAGAACCUCCGCACCCAACAGAUCGACGCACACACCGUGAACGACUUGAAGCUCGCCACACAGAAAAUAUCCCGAGAAGCUGUUCGAGACUGCCGACACCUGGACGAAUUCGUCGCGCAUCUCGACCCUCGGGAAGUUCGCCCUCGCAUCCUCAUCGGGCAAGACAAUUGGCAUCUGCUGUUGGCAACAAGAACCAAGAAGGGUAAGAGAAACCAACCCGUAGCAUCAUUAACCCCGUUGGGUUGGGUAGUGCAUGGCAGCCGUUCAAGAGCCCUCGAACAUCGGGUGAAUUUCAUCAAUUACACCGCAGCCGCAGAUGAACACAUACAGAAGUUGGUUGAAGAAUACAUCACAACGGACAACAUGUACAUUCAACCCAAGAGGCCACAGAACACCAUGGAAGAGAAGGCGUUGAAAAUAUUGGAAGAAAACACAACGCGAAUGCCCGAUGGAAGAUACCAGACCGGCCUACUGUGGAAGUCUGAAGAGGUCAACAUGCCGUGCAACUACCAGAACACAUCGAAGCGAUUGCACAACGUUGAGCGCAAACUCGACAAGGACCCGCAGCUUAGAUGCAGAUACUCGGAGCAGAUGGAGGCGCUAAUUCGCAAGGGAUAUGCAGAGCCAGCAGUCCCGACGACGUCGAUGAAGAAGUGGUACCUCCCGCACUUCGCGGUGAUCAACGCGAAGAAACCCGACAAGCUGCGGAGUGGUCCACGACGCGGCUGCAAAGACCAGAGGUGUGUCUUUAAAUGA